CGGGAUUAGGGAGGGGGUGCAGAAUGCUGAGGCUGAACUAGCCAAGCUGGGAAGAAAGAAGAAAGGGAGGGGAGGGGAGAAUCGAGGACGGCUGGCCUAGCCAGGCCAAGAAUGCUAUUGCCCUGGUGGUGGGAGCUGGGAGACCCCUGUGCUUGGACUGGACAGGGUCGGGGGACACGCAGGAUGAGCCCCGCGACCACUGGCACAUUCUUGCUGACAGUGUACACUAUCUUCUCGAAGGUGAACUCUGAUCGGAAUGUAUACCCAUCUGCAGGUGUCCUCUUUGUUCAUGUUUUGGAAAGAGAAUAUUUUAAGGGGGAAUUUCCACCUUACCCAAAACCUGGGGAGAUUAGUAAUGAUCCCAUAACAUUCAAUACAAAUUUAAUGGGUUACCCAGAUCGACCUGGAUGGCUUCGAUAUAUCCAAAGAACUCCAUAUAGUGAUGGUGUCCUAUAUGGUUCUCCAACAGCUGAAAAUGUGGGGAAACCAACUAUCAUUGAGAUAACUGCCUACAAUAGGCGCACCUUUGAGACUGCAAGGCAUAAUUUGAUAAUUAAUAUAAUGUCAGCAGAAGACUUCCCGUUGCCGUAUCAAGCAGAAUUCUUCAUUAAAAAUAUGAAUGUGGAAGAAAUGUUGGCUAGUGAGGUUCUUGGAGACUUUCUGGGGGCAGUGAAGAAUGUGUGGCAGCCUGAGCGCCUGAAUGCUAUAAACAUCACGUCGGCCCUAGACAGGGGCGGCAGGGUGCCGCUUCCCAUUAAUGACAUGAAGGAGGGUGUUUAUGUCAUGGUUGGUGCCGAUGUCCCAUUUUCUUCUUGUUUACGAGAAGUUGAAAAUCCACAGAAUCAAUUGAGAUGCAGUCAAGAAAUGGAGCCUGUAAUAACUUGUGAUAAAAAAUUUCGUACUCAAUUUUACAUUGACUGGUGCAAAAUUUCAUUGGUUGAUAAAACAAAGCAAGUGUCCACUUAUCAGGAAGUGAUUCGUGGAGAGGGGAUUUUGCCUGAUGGUGGAGAGUACAAACCCCCUUCUGAUUCUUUGAAAAGCAGAGACUAUUACACGGAUUUCCUAAUUACACUGGCUGUGCCCUCGGCAGUAGCACUGGUCCUUUUUCUAAUACUUGCUUAUAUCAUGUGCUGCCGACGGGAAGGCGUGGAAAAGAGAAACAUGCAAACACCAGACAUCCAAUUGGUCCAUCAUAGUGCUAUUCAGAAAUCUACAAAGGAGCUACGAGAUAUGUCCAAGAACAGAGAGAUUGCAUGGCCCCUGUCGACGCUUCCUGUGUUUCACCCGGUAACUGGGGAGAUCAUUCCUCCUCUACACACAGACAGCUACGAUAGCACGAACAUGCCCCUGAUGCAAACACAGCAGAACUUGCCACACCAGACUCAGAUUCCCCAACAGCAGACUACAGGUAAAUGGUAUCCCUGAAGAAAGAAAACUGACUGAAGCAAUGAAUUUAUAAUCACACAGUUAUAGCAGUUGCAUCUUAUUUCUCUUUUCUUCCAAUAAUGCAUGAGCCUUUCUGGCAUAUGGUGUGCAUGUUGACAGUAUUAAGUAUGUACCAAAUAAUACAAUAUAACUUUGGUUUUACUAAUGUAUUUUUUUUUGUACUUAAAUCAUUUUUGACAAUUUGUAAGACAUUGAUGACUUUAUAUUUGUUACAAUAAAAAGUGAUCUUUAAAAUAAACAUUAAUGGAGCC